ACAACGCGGAACACUUUCACUUUCGCUUUACGUCGAGGAGAAGUUGUGUCGUCUUUCGUCUCUCGUCUCUAACAAGUAAAUAAUACGAGUUUUUGGUCCUGAAAGAUUGUUGGAAGCUGAAAUCAUGAAGGUCCUUGUCUUCGCCUUCGCUGUCGUCGUCUGUCUUCUGGAAACUUCUGUGGCCAAAGAAGCUCCACCCAAGGUCCAGGUGUACAGCCGUAACCCAGGAGAGCUUGGGAAGGACAACACCUUCAUCUGUCACGUGAGCGGCUUCCACCCGCCAGAGAUCAAGAUUGAGCUGCUCAAGAACGGUGCAGAAAUGCCUAAUUCCAAGCAGACCGAUCUGGCCUUCGAGGAGAACUGGCACUACCACCUGACCAAACACGUACCGUUCUCGCCAAAGCAGGGAGAGACAUAUUCCUGCAGAGUGACACACGUGGGGAAACCCAAUACCUAUGUUUGGGAUCCAGAUAUGUAACCGCACUUUGCAUCCGUGUCAAUAAAAUGAAGGCGGCUGGAUUGCAUCUAUAAUCUCCUGGGAUUUUCUACAAUCAAGGGCUUGAUUAUUUAAGUUUGAGCGUCGGCGAAUGAGAGAAAAGAAAGAAAAUUCAAAUGGCAGUAAAACUUAACUGAGUGAUUGUUGCAACCAGGAGGGCAGAUUGGCGCACAAACACAUACAUACCGCAUCAGCUUAAAAUUAAUGUAAAGAUCAUGUAAAAAUUUGUAAUGACUCCGUCGAAGCCCUCCUGUGUUUAAUCAAAUUUGAGGUCUUUGUGAGCAUUCCUUCGUCUUUGAUUGGCUCUUUUGUGCUGUGUGUUGCUGACAAUUAUUAUGUUUUGGAGUCCAUUGAGGGCUGUGAGCAGUCCUCCUCUUUUGAUAAAAGCACAUUUUAUUUUAUCAUGUGUUUGGCAUUGUAAAAUAUUAAGCUGCCUUGAUAUGUCUCUGUGUUUUGCUUCAACUUAAUUCUCCUAUUAAACAGCCUGGACGUUGGGUAUGUUUAGCUUUCACAUACUCACACAACCAACUUACUCUUUAGGAAUCUUUUUGUAUAAGCACAUUCGGUGAAGGUGUUGUCAUACCACUAUAAUUUUCUUUGGUGGUAAGAUUACUCACUGGAGCCUUUGUCAGUAAACCAGUUUUAUUACUUUGCUUUGAUUUAGCUACACCCCUGUAGCCCUGUUCUGGUGAUGUCUGUCUGUAUGUCAGAUUGAUUAUGAUUAUGUUCCUCAAAAAAAUAAAAUAAAAUCUGAACCAAUUACAA